AUGCCAGGGAUUAGGUAUACGGCAAGUAACAGCGAAGACGAUGAGACUACAGCAACAGGGAACGAUUUCUUCGACCUUGACCCUUUCAAGUUUCUUUUCUCGGACGAAGAUGAACAUGGUAGCGUAGAGGAGAGUACCCAGGCUUCCCCACCACAACGGAAAUCAAAGAGUCGGACCAAAAAGGCGGCUGAUAGCGCGUUGAAACGACCACCCGAGCAACGGGAUCCAUCAGAGUCUGUCUAUGAAGAUGGAACAGAGGAUUCCCUGGGGCGGAAACGGCAGCAGCACUACUGGAGGCGAAACCAACCCAAAAAUGAAGCCAAAGGACGGCGGCUGGGCUUUGGGCGGAAACCCGUCCCCAAAAAGACGUUUGCUCCUUCUGGUACUUCCGCAGAGUCUUCGUUCGUUAGUGACGUCCCUGACCAUUCUGUUGUAAGCAGCCUGCAGUCAACCUACAGAGACGACAACACUAGGGACGAUGACAGAACUGAAGAGGAUGACGAAGGAUUCUCGUCGCUGAUGAAGGCUCUAGGACGACGUUGGGAUCCCUGGGACGAUCAAUCAUCCUCAUCAUGUAGUUCUCGUCUUUCGUUUGAUGAUACCGGUACGCAUGACGAGGAGUCCUACUUAAGCGCCCGGAGAGGUGGCAUCCUCCACGACCAGCCUGCAACUCAACAACAAGUUCAACAGGUCUUGGUGCAGUACAACCCAAAGUCGGGCAUUCGAGAAGCACGGCAGGAAACAAUGGUUACAUCCUUCCACCCGGCACCAAAGAGACCAGAGACAAUACUUUCGGAAGGGAAGGGCGCUCCAUCCAUUCAAUCGAUGAAGUACUACGCCCCAGCUGAAACAACACCGGAAGAUGCCGGGAGUAUUGUCGCCAGUGUUGCCCAAUCUCAGCAGCGCGAAGACUGCGAUAUCGAUGAGGGACGUUCAAGGUGCCUGGAUCUGCAAAAGGUUUGCGGGGUUGGAAGGGGGAAGAAGAAAAAUAAAAUCCAUCCUUCUGCUUCUCGAAGUGCUUCUCGAAGUGCCGAGAUGGACACGGCUUCCGUCUUUCCAAAGUUGCGAAUGGUCGCCGAUGAAGAAGUAGGGGGGUCAAAGGCAUCGGCCGUAGUCCCAGCAGACAAGAAGUUCAAUGGAAGCAUCCCAGCUCAUCUUCAGGUUUCAAUGGAUGCAUUCUUGCCAACAAAAGGGCCUCAAUCGCUUUAUGAAUACGAACAUCAUUUGAAUCCUCCGAGACCAAGGCCGGGUGUCGCGAUUGUGCAGGUUGAGGCUUCAACCAUAUCCAUGACAGACUGCAGUAUCCGGCGAGGAGAAUGGGAAGGGAAAGACACUCCACCGUUGCCAAUCACUCCUGGUGUUGAUCUGGUUGGAAAGAUAUUUCAUAUCGACAAAGACGUGUCUUCAUUUCUCAAGCUUUCGGUUGGUGACAGAGUAAUAUCCCUAACCAGAUGUGGGGGGAAUUCUAGAUUCUUGUCCAUUGACCCAGAACAACUUGUCAAAGUUUCUGCAGAGGUUGAUCCCGCAGAGGCUGCCUGUUUGGCGGAAACCUACUUGACAGCAUUCCAGAUAUUGCAUUUUGGACAGGGCUGGACAACGCGUUACCGAGCCAAUUCGCUGAAGGGAAAGAAUGUUCUUGUCAUUGGGACUGUGUCCACGACACUAGGGCAUGCCUUUGUUGAACUGGCUAUGGCUGCGGGUGUGGAAAAAAUUAUUGCAACUUCUUUGCCAAAACAUUUCCCUCACCUUCGGUCCCUAGGCAUCAUUCCAGUAAGUUCGGACCCGACCCUUUGGUAUGGCCAACUUGACCAGGAAAUAGACUUGGUUUUUGUUUCCAAUCCCAACGAAGAAGUUGUCGCAGACCAUUUCAGAGUACUCAAUGACAGAGGUCAUCUUUUCGUGGUGGGUCAGCGAGGAGGCAUGCCAAUCGAUGAAGACGAACAAACGCGAACGAAGACCUUGGUUUGCAAGCGACGCAAGUCAAAACCGAGCAUGAUUGAUCGCACGCAUGAGUAUAGUCCCUUUCGACAGUGGGAGCAAGAUCUAGAAAAGAGCAAGAGAGACCUCUCUCACCUCGUCAAGAUGCUAGGCAAGGGUGAAAUAAAACCGAAUGUCCUCGACCGAAUACCUCUGGGCAAAGUUGCGAAAGCACAAGACCUGGUCGAGAGCCAACGGCACCCCGGUGGAUUUCUGGUCUGUGAACCUUGGCUCCGAAACAAGAAGCGUGCUGUCCGACUCUGA